AUGACGGUGAGUGCGUCAGACACAAUCACAGCACAAGGUACUGGAAAUUCAUUUAGUCGAAGUGUGUCUAGCAAAAAUCCCACAACUUCAAGCGUUGCCGUUAACAGUUGUGUUCAAAAAUCCGUCGUUCAUGGAACUGCAGUCUCACCUAAUGUUACCAAUGCAUUUGAGAAGGAAAGCAAUAUCAAGUCGCGCCUUAGUGACGUGAAGCCGCUGAAAGUUGUAGAUAGUUGCAGACAAGAAACCAAGCAUAGAAAAUAUGAACCUCAGAUAACGAAAAACACUGCUGGGGAAAUUAUUACUGCAGAAAAUCCCAAUGUCUGUGAUAUACCUGAUGAAGCCAAAGAUUGUCAACAAAUGACGAACAACCCUGUUUGUUCAUCUGCAGGUGGUUCUGGACCUCCGCCGAGAAACUCAUCAAAAUCCUGUUCAACCAAUUUCUUCCUACUCCUCCCCACUUCUCCAAAAUCUGUUAACUCGGAUGAUAAAUCAGAUAAAGCGACGGAAACUUCUUGUCAGCAGAAUAUUUCGUCUGGUUCUGACAAACCUAUGCGAACGGAAAAUGUUCAAGUUAACCACCGUGCCACAGUUGUUAAAUCGCCAUCCCGCUGUACCGGAACCAAAAAAUUAGUUACGGAUCAAUAUCACCAUGAAAGUUGGAUUAAUAGUGGAAACUUUUUACCGUCAAAACCCACUCCCCAGAGUGCAGUUAAAUGUGCUGAACCAGUUACUCCAAUAAGGCGUGAUUCCAAUGACCAGUUGGAAAAUAUACAACUUCACAUUUCACCCAUCAACACAUUGAACGAAACGUUUACCAGCUGGCAUAUGCCCGAAGCUGAGAGUUGUCACGGAUUUCUCGAAGUAUGCAUGUCUGUACAUCCAAAUAGUGUAUAUGCUCUACGUCGCAUCCCGUAUGUCAAAACAACGACUAUUGUGACAGAAUCGACGAGUUCGAGUGCCAACACCAUGUUUGUUAGAGGUCAACCCAGUUUCUUGGGGGCGAAUGAAGCAGGAAUGGAGUUACCUACAUCAAGCGCCUGUGCUACUUAUAUUCGCCUUCGAGAUAUUAUUUCAUUGCUGAAAAUUCAUUACGAAGCAUUGUAUUCCCUUGUAGUUCGAUGUGAUGCAGGGAUGUUUUGGCCUAAUGCUUAUGCACAGAAGCUAUUUUCUUUCGUCUACGAUCCUGUAUGUGACACUGACGGGAACAUGGCGAAAAUGACAUUGAGAAAUGUCCGCAGUACUAAAGCUCAACAUUUUUUGGGUCACAUGAUUAUAUUGGACAAGUUCUUGCAUUGUAUUUUGCCGAAAUUUUACCAUGAAGGUUUGGGAGUUCUUUCUUGUGAUGUUCCGAAAUACGUCAACGUCAAGAUUUUUAAACCGAUUUCUGAUAUCGACAAAGAAGUGAUAAAGAUUUUUCAGAAACCGUACGAAUACAACUCGGUAUUGCGUGGUAAGGACGACAGAAUCAAAUGCAAGGUUAUGGAGAAACUCAAAUUACCACCAGAUUGUAACAAGAAUCGAAAGAGAUCUGCAAGCAAUGAUUCCACGGAUUCUGUUAAAAGAAGAAAAUCGUGUACUCCGGGUCUAACCCUACUGCCAAGUAAACGUAACAAAUCUUUCUAUCAUUAA